AGCUCGUGAUAUACGAACAGUGAUCGAGUUUUGACCCCCUUUAGGAAGUCGUACUAAGGUAUACUUCGGAGUGGAUAAAGCAACCAAAUUAUAAUUAAUAAUUAUGAUACCUACUGUAAUUCUUCUCGUAAAGCAGUAACGGCUAGGACUAUUUGUUUUCAGCUAGACAUAAAAAAUAUCGAGUAUCGAGAAAAGUUAAUUUACACUAUCCACGAGCUACAACAUUAUCUUGUCAACACACUCCACAAGAGAACACUGAGAAGACAUCCGAUACGAAAGACGAUAAGAUUCCCAGCACAGGUGUUUAUCUCACCCAUAGUCUCUGACCGUUAGCAGUAGUAGUAGUAGUUCUCCUGGUCAAAGAAGACUUAAAAAGCGUGGAAAGCAUUGGCUAACUUGACUCCGUCUUUAAGAAAGAAAGAUCCAACCUUAAAUAGUCAUUUCUUACUAAAAUACACUUCAAGAAUUCAUCCGUGACAUAUAGCUGUAAAUACUGAAGACACAGGCGUUCAAAGAUUGCUGGUGAACAGACUUCAGCGCCUGAAUAUAACGAACAUUAUAGAACAAAAGAAGUUGACGCUCUAAAGUUUAURGUGAAGACAAGUUGAAUAUACUAAGUACAGCAGAUGUUGUAGAAUGGACAGAAAAUAUUUCGGGAUCGCUCUUGUUUGAUCUGCACAGUCGCCGUGAUCGACAGGCAAGCAUCGAGACAAACUCCUGUCUUUUUUCAGUUAUUAUCUCGAUUGAAAAAUGACGACAUCCAUGGAUUCAAUAUCUUCUACUCCUCAAGUAAUGGUCACGAAAGGCUCUCUACUGAAUUCACAAUGCGACGAAUCUCUCGACCUGGUAUUUUGGGUACUGGACGGAAUGAUCGCAGUAGUAAUAUUCAUCGGGAAUAUUCUUACUUGUUUGGUAUUUUUAUCCAAGCGUCACCUACGACAAAACUACAUGAACAUAUUCCUUUUAAGCCUUGCGCUUUCAGACAUGCUAAUGGCGUUGCUGGUUGCGCCGUGGUUUGCAAGUUAUUGCGAAACAAAAUGCAAAUAUACUUUGUCGAAUUAUUGUUUUUGGUUUGGCAUGAUGAGAGAUAUUCCCUUCCAAAGUGUUGUACUCAAUUUGGUGGCGAUAACGUAUGACAGGCACCUCGCAGUGUUUCGUCCUCUUGUCUACGGCGCAAAGAUGACUAAGAGAAGAGUCUGCAUUAUCCUAGCUCUAGUUUGGUGCACUCCUGUUAUUACAGCUCUUACGCGCAUGACCUGGACUUUCAGUGAUAUCCCAUCAGAGAGGAAAACAUUCAUUGACCGAUCCUUCAACAUUUUCCUUAUAUUUGUUUUCGUACUUUUACCGAUAACUGGGAUUUUUAUCGUCAAUUUGAUGAUAAUGUAUACCAUCCAAAAACACAACCGUGUUGCACCAAGGCAUCAGGCAAGUCAGAGUAGAAGCCAUAGUGAAACGUCUGAAUCCGAGCGUAGAGAGAGGGUUCGCAAAAAGAGAGGCACGAUGUCAUGUGUACUUGUCGUAUUUGUUUUCUUUGCCUGCUGGCUGCCAAGAAUCGUAUACAACUUUUUUUUYCUCGCAAAGACACCUCAUCUUGCUACAACUCCUUUUAUUAAAGUCUCCAUGUUUUUUCUUCUUUUGCAAAGCACAGUGAACCCAAUUAUCUACUCUUUCUAUAGGCAAGAAUUUCGUCAGGCAGCGUUGGGACUGCUUCGAAGGUAGUAGUCGUAGACGGUAAAUCAAUAGACUGCUUGUUUGAGACGCUUGAGACUUAACUUUUCUCAAAAGAAGAAAACCCAAGAUUUUUUAAACGCCCAAAUAUCCGUUUCCAAAACUUAGCUCGGAAAUGACUCGACUUUGAUACGAGAGAACAAACAAUGAGCUGGUUAAAGUGCUUAUAAAUUAAACUUUUCAAGGAGAAAAUUUUAUUAAACGUUGGCUGGCAAAUCUUCCUUCUAAUAAGAGUCUUCUCUUAACCGAAUGCUGUAGACUACCGCUAGGAUUACUAAUAACAUUUUAUUUGUCUUGUAGAUACAUAGUUCCUACACUGGAUUUAUCAUAUUGACACAGUAAAUAAGUCUAGAUGAAGGGCUUUUUCUUUGGAAAAACAUCUCUUUCUCUGCUUCAUAUUUACAUUUGAAACCAGUCUUGUACCAGUUUUCUUGGCAAUUAUUUCAGAUGUUAUAAAUAAAUU